GUCAAAUUUAAUUUCUGCUUCUUCCAACAGGAUCACCAUGUCGGCGGGACCUUAUAACUAUUCGUACAUCUUUAAAUAUAUCAUCAUUGGUGAUAUGGGAGUUGGGAAAUCAUGCCUCCUCCACCAGUUUACAGAGAAGAAAUUUAUGGCAGAUUGUCCGCACACAAUAGGUGUCGAGUUUGGUACCCGAAUUAUUGAGGUCGCAGGCCAGAAGAUUAAGUUACAGAUUUGGGAUACUGCUGGGCAGGAGCGGUUUAGAGCUGUCACCAGGUCUUACUAUCGAGGUGCUGCUGGAGCCUUGAUGGUGUACGACAUCACUAGGCGGUCCACCUAUAAUCAUCUUAGUUCAUGGCUGACAGAUGCCCGCAACCUCACCAACCCGAACACUGUCAUAUUCCUCAUUGGUAAUAAAGCUGAUUUAGAUGCGCAGAGAGAUGUAACCUACGAAGAAGCAAAGCAGUUUGCAGAAGAAAAUGGACUAAUGUUUGUGGAAGCGAGUGCAAAAACUGGAGAGAAUGUGGAGGAAGCCUUUUUGGAGACUGCAAAGAAGAUUUACCAAAAUAUACAGGAUGGCAGUUUGGACUUGAAUGCAGCAGAAUCAGGUGUUCAGCAUAAGCCAACACAGCCAGGUAGAACUAACCUGAACAGUGAUUCACAGCCCAAUCGUGAUAACUGUUCCUGCUAAACUUCGCCCUCCAUAAAAAAAUCAUGGUGCGGUUUGCUUGAAGGAGGUGACAGACAGACUAGAAAACUGUGUGUACUGCCUCUUUGUUUUGUAAGAUGUAAAUGGGAAUUUUGUCUUUUCUACAAGAAGUAAGGAAGGCUUCUACUCUGUUUUCAUAAUGAUGUGAGGCAGUUGGAGGUACUUCUUAUGAGAGAUUCAAUAACAUAGAAUACCUAACCCAAAUUUAUGAUUGGCUCAAAAUCUCAGCGUAAAAGUUCACUUUCAAUUUAGUCUAAAGGCAGAGAAAGUCGGUGAGUGUCAAGAGCUCAAGUAAUUCUUAAAACGGCUAGAUUACUUCUUGCACAUUUCAGUAGAGCAAAGUUGCUUGUGCUCUUGAUGGAAAGAACUACAUUGUGAUAAUGAAAUCUGCCAGUGAUUACUCAGAAAAAUGAUUGAUAAUCCUAAACCCUCCCUCAUUAUAGAAUAUGAAUGUCUUGAAGAAUGGAAAUUUUGUGAUUGGAACUUGAAUGGAGCUUUUGUCAUUGGAAUUGCUCCCAAUUUGUGAUUUGGUUAUCUUCAUAGGAAGAUUGACAGGUGUUUUUAUCAGGAUACCAGAUUGUGGAAAAUGUGAUGUAGUAAUAUCUCAUUAAUUUUUAAGUACUGUCCGUGUAUUCCAGUGAUAGAAAUUUAUUGCUAGACAGAUAAUGAUAUAUCAGAAAAAAGACAGGUUUUAUAUACCAAAUAAAGAUACACUUCAGUCACCUUCAUAUCUUUCAGGCCUUCUGUGGAGAAAUUAUUAGUUUGUGCUGUAUGUAGUACUUGGAUGAGAUCAUCUAUCAUAUCUUUAAGUGGAAAAAGUUUAAUAAAUAUUUUAAGUACUAUAUAUACCACAGUGUCACAGAUUACACUAGUUUUGCAAUAUAUCCUAAGUUGCUCACAGACAAGGCUGCUGAUAAACUGAAUAACUUUGUGUACAAUGGUUUACAUUAGUGCUGCUUGCAAGAUCAUGAGAAGUAAACUUUACAUUUGCAUUUUUAUGAUAAAAAACUGAUAAGCAGUCCAGGUUACAGUUUGUUUUUUAUGUUUUAUAAGUUUAUUGUUAGUCUAAAAAACAGAAGUAGGGUAUAACAAUAUACAUCAUCCAUAUCAUAGGUUCUAUAAUUGAUGGUGAUUAAAAAAAACUUUUCGACUAUUCAGGA